AGGCUGCAAAGCAACAACAAUAAAAAGGAACAUUUUUAAAACUCCCGUCAAAUAUCAUUGAUUUUGAGAAUCACACAGACGUGCUUCAUUUACCAAAGGAAAAGCAGCUGAAAGAUCAACAUGAGUUCUGCAGAGAUUCUGAAGCCCAAAUCCAUGGUCCGCCCCAAACAUUGGUCUGAGGAGGUGGAGAAUGCCUACAGAUUCCAGCUGGCUGGAUACAGAGAUGUAACAGAAUAUAAGGCGAUACACAAUGUAGAAGAUUGUGAAAGGUGGCCAGACAGUGGUUUUGUGAAGAAGCUAAAAAGGAAAGAGGAUGGCUACUUUUACUAUUAUAACAGAACCAGAGAAUGCCAAGACAAAGACAUUAACAAGACUAAGAUGUACUCUUAUUGAACGCAGCAUCUUUCAUGCCAUAAACCAGGAAGACAUUUUUUGAAAAGUCCAGGAUGCAAAUUUAUUCAAAUUAAAGACUAAAUGAUUUUCUAAAAGGAAAAAAAAUCUCAUCAUUGGAUGUUACAUAGUUGUCCUUCUCAUAGCUAUUUUUGAAGCAGGACUGAAGGCAUCACCUCCAAGAUGAAUAUUGAGAGAUUAUAACAGCACAAACAAAUUGAGUUGUCCAAAACAAAACAAAACAUGAUAUUUCUGGAUUAAUUUAUUUCACUGUUAAUGUGUCAUUGAUUGUGUAAGCGUGGAGUGGUUAAAGCAUGCGAGUGGGUGUCUGAGCGUAGUAUGGCUUGGUCAUGUGGUACAGAAAAACAUUUAGUACAUGACUCACAAACUGGAAGUGUGAGUUAUCCUACUGGGAAGGGUGGUGGGGGUAGGCAAUUAGUUUUUCAAUUAAAGGAGUUUGGACAACAUGUUGUCCUUGCCUAUUUUGCAGAAAAAAAUUUCAUGGUUCACUUGUGGGUGCUGACAUCUUUUAUCAUUAACAUAAACUAUUUUCAUUUCAUCACAUUUAUGCUCAAGUUUUUAUUGUGUGAGACUGAACAUAAGUGUAAUUUCAUCAUUAUUUCCAAACUCAUUGUAAGUCACAAUCAGUUCCUACACUUUUUGAAAGUAAAAUUUUAAAAGUGUUUUAUUUGUAUACAUGCAGAAUAGAAUACUUCAAGGUCUUCAGCAAUGUUUAUUGAAGAGAAGUUUCUAUACUGUAAUGUGCAAUCACACAUAUUGGGAAUGUACAUCCCAAAUUAUUUCAUAAUAUACUUGUAGAUUAUAUUUCCCCCCUUUUUUUUGUUCUGAUUUUACUCACAGAAAUAAUA